UAUGCGAAUCCAGACUUCUGUCUCAUCCCGAUAGGUACCGGGGAGCCUUCGGUUGCUGAGUACAUCGCAGAGUGCGUCCGCGUCCUUGAAAAGACAGGACUCAAGUUCAAGAUGCAUGGCUAUGGGACCAACUUGGAAGGGCCCUGGUCCCAGGUGGUGCAGGCAAUACAUGAUUGUCACGCUGCUGUGCAUGCGAAGGGAGCUUCUCGCAUCGCUACAGACAUCCGGAUCGGAACACGCGUGGACCGGGAGAUCCCACCUGGGACUGGAAAUGAAAGUAAGGUUCAGCGCGUUGAAGAGAUCCUCAAAAGA